GAGUCGAUGUCUGUCAUUGUCGACAGUGUAACUCGGAGUACUCGUUGUCCUCAGAGUCGAUAAAAUACUUCAGCACUCAUUCCAAAUGGACACGUCUUUCUUGGGAGUUAUUCUUAGCAGGCAUGAUAUUUGACAGUUCGCGCUACAAGAUCGUUACCACAAGAAACAUAGAUCUUGGUCCUCGAGCCUCAAUGUCCCGAAGUCCCGAGCGGUUCUCCUAAACCGAUUUGCCUCCAUCUUGGAGCCACCGUACGGAGCGACGUCCGAGACAACUUUCGACAAUCGACAUCCGGCGGUCUAACUGCUUUAUUUACCGGAGCGGCAUUCCAAGUCUUCUGCUUCAAGUGAGACCCUCCAUAGAACCGCUCUUCCAAUUUACCGACGUGUGCUCGAGGAGGUGAGUGUGCCGUAUGGUUGAGCGCCGGGUGGUGUGGCGGUGGCGCUGGGGGUGCCGAGAAUGGAAGGAGGUUGGAGGAGCCGCGGUUCCCACGCGCCCGAGAGGUGCUUCUCGGACUUUGUGCACGCCGUCAUUGGGAGAGAGCGCUGUCGGAGACGCUCUCAGAGCUCUCUCACCAGCCUCCACGACAUCAUUCUACCUGUGCUCCAUUCUUUUCCUAUUUCGUGCUCGAGAUCACGCAGUACAUGACAGCUGUGCGCCCUCUACCCGCUGUCCCUAUAUAACGCGUCCUCUCUUUACCCGAGUCACCCAUCCCGCUCACUACCUUCCCCCAUCCCUCUCACGCCCUGAUGUUUUCAAAAUCAUCUUCGAGUGGGAAGUCGUCCGCGGUGCCCUCCAAGGCGCCUUCCAAUCCGAAAGCAUCGCCCGGAUCGUCUACCUCGUCGUCGUCAUCCAAGUCUCCUGCAGUACUCUCACCCCCUCAGAUCGCACACGCUGUCUCCGAUCCCACACCCACCGUGCACAUUUCUUCUCCAUUGAAUCCUUCUACCAGUAGCCCGCGUAUCGCACAAUCCCCACAGACAACCCCGAAAGCAGGCGUCACUCCACUACCAGCGUCUUCGACCGGCCAUACGCGCGGCCCCUCGUUCUCAUCUAGCACUCCUCCACCAACUAUCUCUCGUGCUGAUGGUCCUCCCUCUGGCAUUCAUCUUUCGCGCGGACAGACGCAUUCUGCGCCUCUGACUCCGCCAGAUCUCCCCAUCACUCGUAUCCAUUCCAACCCACUCCCAGAUACGAAGUCCACUUCAUCGAUCUCCACAAUAGUCUUCAGCGCCGCGAGUACAUUCCGAAGCAGAUCGAACUCGAGGUCUAGGUCUCGCGAUCCCCAGGUCCGCCGGCGAGAGGACGAGGAAGGUGAAGGGAUAUCGCCUGGUUCAACUUGGUGGAGUCCGAAGAAGCACCCACCAAGGCCGUGGACGGAGGGCGCGCAGAAGAAGAAGACAAUUCCGGUAGAGCAGAUGGAGGGCUAUGUGCAUACGAAAGACCGCGUCGUUGAGGCCGCAGCGUCCGUCCUCGGCACCACUGCACGAGUGGCACACGAAAUCUUGUUUGCCGGAGUUGAUCUGUUACGCUUCGCUCCGAUCCCUGGCCUCGAACUCGCCGGGCGUACACUUCUGGAGAUUUGGGAUGCGCUUGAGAUGGUUGAGAUGAACCGUCUCGCUUGUCUUCGUCUUACAGAGCGCUGUGCCGACAUCUUGCUCUCCGUCCGCCAGGAGAUUCUCGACGCUGGGAACGCCGUGAAUGUGGAACUCGAAGCUCCCAUCGCCAAACUGAACGAGUCGUUUGGUAAUGUGUUCACUUUUUUGAAGAAGCAAACCCACCGCCCUUUCCUCCACCGGUACUUGAAACGUGAUGAGAUUCUGCGCGAAAUCUCCUCUUGUGACGCGGGUUUGAGUGACGCUCUCGGGAUGUUCGGGCUAUCCAUCCAAAUCCGGACGCUCAAGCUCAUCCAAGCGAACGAAGCCCGCCGGCAGAAAGACGCCGCAGACGCCGCAGAACUCCUCGCGUCCUCGCUAGGCCUCGAUCUGUCAAUCCCAGACCCGAACACUCUACCUCCGUCCAACAUUCCUCUCCUCGCUGCACCAGAACCCACCACCGCCAUUCCGACACCCUCAUCACCCAGUCAGAUUCACACUCUCCUUCAAAGGGUCCGCAUGCAACAGAACGAGGCAGAUCAGGCCCAUGAUCUCGCAGAUUUACGACAACUCAUGCGCACGGCUCUUCAGACGAACAACGAUGCUACGAUGAUCGAGGUGUUGCAGGUCGGGAGGGAUGAGAUGCCGGAGGCGAUCAAGACUUUGCAGAGAGCUUUGGAGAAGGAGGUGGAGAAGGAAUUCGAGGCCGAAGGGACCUCUACGGCCAUGACGAUUACCGCCUCUACCUCUGCGACUCUCGAGGACGAGGAAGAAGCGAUUCGGAAAGGUUGGAAGCCGAAGGGUUUGAAGCGACAGAGGGCGUUCACGGUCACCAGCGCUGGUGCUACGACUGCUCCCAGCGGCAACCCCAUCUCUCGCUCCGGGACGUACGUCAGCACGCAUAGUUCAGCGAGCGGGAGCUCGACCUCGAAGACCUCUAAGGAUACGCUCGAUCGCGAGUUCAUGGAAAUCGGCAUCGACUGUCUCCGACGUAUCUCUGGCACUCACGACCAGCCUCUUCCUCCCUGGACCAUCACUCGCUACGAAGUCGACCUGGAACGGAAGAUCGGGGUAGGCUUCUUCAGUGACGUCUACAAGGGCAAGUGGAGGGAUCAUGAGGUGGCGAUCAAGGUCCUUGCGGAGACGACGCCGAGGAAUAUGUUCAUCCACGAGAUCCAUAUGUGGAAGACUCUCGUGCAUCCGAACGUGUUGGAGUUGUUGGGUGCUUCGAGCGCGAGUGGGGACCCGCCUUGGUUCUUCGUCAGUCCGUAUUUUGAGAAUGGGAGUUUGGUGGAGUAUUUGAGGGGGUUGGAAGUGGGGACGAAUGUGGAUUAUUUGAGGAUGGUGCAUGAGGUGGCGAAGGGGAUGGCAUACCUGCAUUCGAGGGGUGUUUUGCACGGUGAUUUGAAGGGUGCCAAUAUUCUCGUCGACGCUCAUAUGCACUGCGUCAUCUCUGACUUUGGGCAGAGCGAGAUGAAGUCUGAAGCGCUAAGGAUCAGUGGUACCGCUCCCCCUCGCGGUACCUUACGGUGGCAAGCUCCUGAGCUCAUGUCUGGAGCGCACGGAGUCCUUACUGCUGAAAUCGACGUCUACGCCUUCGCUAUCACCUGCGUCGAGAUCAUAGGCAAAGGUGCCCUGCCUUGGGCUUUGACGGACGACGAUGCCGUGCGACGCUUCGUUCUUGAGAACAACAUGCGCCCCCCAGUACCUCUCAAUCCCACCUGCCCCUCGGGCGUCAAUAGCAUUAUCGAGGCAUGUUGGAACAGGGACCCGAAGCUUCGACCCACGUUUACCACCAUCGAACGUGAUGUUGAGAGGUUACGACUGCAGCUUGGGUCGCCUCUUCCGGACUCUCCGCGUCCUUCCAGUGUACUGUCUAUGAUUCGACACGAAGAACACGAGCAUGAUCGGCCGUCGCCAGACAUGCAUCCUAUACCUUUGCCUGGCACUUCGCCGCGAGAUGACCUGAUAGUCGGUUCCUUGGGGUCCUUGUCGUCAGACGCGACCUACACUACAGCUGUGGGCGACUUACCUCGCAGCGGACUCGAGUUCACCAACAUGCACGACGACCACACGACAGAGAGGGGACACGGGUCGAUACUUUUCCAGCCAAGCCCUACCAGCGUCGCAUCAUCCACUGGUACUCGUACACCUGACGACAGCGAGUCGGAGAGGAGUGUCUUGUUGCCUCAGUCUGGCUUCCUGUCGCCACCUCCACUCGAUUCGGCUGCGGCGGAGGCGAGGGACGAAAGGAGAUAUAGGAUGCUGUUGCAGCAUGAGUAUCACACUUCUCUGACUCUGCCACUGUGGUCGCCUGCUCCUGUGGCGGUCGGAGCGGUGGGCUACCUCGAUCGCCCAAGUGGUACUUUCGUGACGUUGUUCAACUCUUACGAUCCUACGAGGACUUCGAAAGGGCGUGCGAAUCUCAUCCCCAGUCUUUCGGGGUAUGGAAAGGUGUCGCAGGGAAGGCAAAGGCAGGAUAAGCGGAAUGCGGCGUUGAGAGGGUAUGACAUGGUCCAGGGUAUGAUCUCUCGCAGUAAGGGAGAUGGCUCUGCUGCAAAUACCAUCUGCCGCACUCAGCCUUUCCAGCUGCGCGCGGGACACAAGACGGCGUACCUCUAUGCCGAGUCGACCAUGUAUCGGUAUAUGGAGGAGUUGGAGGUGACGAAGCAGUGGUUCCAGGGAAAUAUUGACCAUAUCCUGGAGCUCUACGGGAAGGAUCACUCUGUGACGAAGGAGGAUGUCUUCCUUGUCAUCGGUACCCUGGAAGCUCCCGACUACGCUAUGUUCGUCAGCCACAACCACCCCGAUGGCCAGAUCAACUUCAACGUGUAUACUGGAGCACGCCCCGGACAGCCAUGGGGCUACUUCUCCACGACCAGUACCGCGACCUUGUCGAACUCGAUGCUCGGAGGUCCGGUAUACCACGAGAGCAUGGAGGGCAACACCGAUUCGGCCAGCAAAGUAUCGUCUGUACAAUCGUCGUCGGCGCCGUGGGACACGGUCUUGCUGGCGAGACUGAGGUUCAAGCCUGAUGUGGCGGAACCUACUUCACUAUAACAUCCUCCAUCCAUUAUCUCACAGACAUUUUGCCUCUUGCAUUCAUUCUAUUCCUAUCUUCGCUCUUUCAUCCGCCUACAUUAUCAUCAUGACUUUGUCUCAUUCGCUCUCACAUUUCUUACAUUGCCUGUGGAUCAUCUGCAUCGUUCGUCAGCUCAACCAAAUCCCAUCUUGUACGCCCCAACAUUGUGAUCGGACACACGUUAUAUAUCCUUAUACCUCUUGAAGCUACGUAGCAUUUUUUUUGACUCGAGAAAUACGCACAGAUACGGACUGCAACUGUUGACUCGGAAAGUGGUCGUUGUUGUGUUAUGUUGGCGUCGCGACUUGUACCAAACCUGUACUGUACUUCCUGUAUUCAACUUGUCC